GACAGUGACACAGCAGGAGGCGGAGGGGGCAGUGUGCCAGACCGGAUCCUUCAUGAGGGAAGGAGCCAGGGACAUCCAGCCAUCCCCGGCUUCUUUUUUCCUUAGCCAACAUAAUUAUUACACUGUUUUGCAAGCCAAGAAGCCCGAACAAGGGCCUGCAAUAGUGCUCGUAGGAUGUCCCGUCAUGAAGGAGUGAGCUGUGAUGCGUGUUUAAAAGGCAACUUUAGAGGACGGCGAUACAAAUGUUUAAUUUGCUAUGACUACGACCUGUGUGCAUCAUGCUAUGAGAGUGGAGCCACGACAACCAGACACACUACGGAGCAUCCCAUGCAGUGUAUUUUGACCCGGGUUGACUUUGAUUUGUACUACGGCGGUGAGGCCUUCUCAGUAGAGCAGCCGCAGGCCUUCACGUGUCCCUACUGUGGCAGGAUGGGCUACACGGAGAUCUCGCUUCAGGAGCACGUGGCCGCCGAACACACAGAAACGUCCACAGAAGUGAUCUGUCCCAUAUGUGCAGCUCUGCCGGGCGGGGACCCGAAUCACGUGACAGACGACUUUGCAGCUCAUCUCACACUGGAACACAGAGCACCAAGGGACCUGGACGAGUCGAGUGGGGUGCGCCACGUGAGGAGGAUGUUCCACCCGGGUCGCGGUCUGGGCGGGCCCCGGGGACGGCGCUCCAACAUGCACUUCACCAGCACCACCACCGGGGGGCUCUCCAGCAACCAGAGCUCCACGCAGAGCUCCAACUACAGCAGAGAGGCCAUGGACCCCAUAGCAGAGCUCCUGUCCCAGCUCUCGGGGGUGCGUCGCUCGGCGGGUGGCCAGCUGAGCUCCGGCCCCUCGGCCUCCCAGCUGCAGCAGCUCCAGAUGCAGCUGCAGCUGGAGCGGCAGCAGGCGCAGGCGGCGCGCCAGCAGCUGGAGACGGCCCGCAACGCCACGCGGGGCAGCGGGCGCACCAACGCCAUCCUCAACACCAACUCGGCCGCCAACCCCGGCAACAGCGCCAACCACAACCCCAACCCCAGCCCCAACCCGGGACCCCCUGAGACCAGCGUGCUGCCCAGUGCACACAGCUCCCAGUUCCUACUCAGCAGGCUGAGCGAACCGCGGCUCUCGGAGGCGGAGCGGCAGGCGUGCGAGGCGCAGUGGGCAGACCGCAGCCUGUUUGUGACGGAGCUGCUGCUGUCCACGCUGCUGGCCGACCAGGACGCCUCGGCCACGUCCUCGGAGGACGACGAGGAGGACGACGGCGGGCGCCACCACCGCCACCAGCACCACGCCGGGCCCUUGCGGAACUUCAGCGACUUCCAGGCCAUGGGCUGCGUGGAGGUCAUGACCCUGGACGUGGCGCUGGAGAACCUCAACCUGAAGGAGACGCAUCCCGCCGCCACCAAGACGUCGAAAAGCACGACGAAGACCACGGCGUCCAAGAAAGAGCCCCCCGCCCCACCGCUUUGAUGACAUGGCCGCCGGAAAGCCCCCCCCCCCCCCCCCCCCCGGAACGCACCUGACCCCCGACCUCGCCCCCUCCCCCCGUCCUCCAUUAACGACCAUUGUAACUGGCCAGCCGACGUGUUUGACCAACUGCCAAUGGAUGAUAUAUAUAUAUAUAUAUUAAAGAAAAAAAGACUGCGGCUCUUUACGGCUUUUUUUUUUUUUCU